GCAUCUGAACCUCCAAGCCUUGUCUCUACUGGCAUGUGUACUGAGUAUUUCGACUGCAGCACCGGUCAGCGGCUGUGGACAUCCAAAGACUAUAAUAAAUGGACUUUGCUGUGAUAUGUGCCCCCCAGGUACUUAUCUGAAGGACUUUUGCUCAAAGGAUCAUCCAACCAUCUGUAGCCCUUGUGAAGAUGGGAAAUACUCGGAUAAAUACCAUGUCUUUGACAGGUGUAAGCAGUGCCAGUCUUGCCAACACGAGUACUCAGAGAAAUGUACAAAAACCAAUGGGGGAACCUGCUCAUGUCGAUCUGGUUUCCUGUGUUCCGACAACCUCUGCUCUUCUUGUGAGGUGAACAAGUGCAUGGCCUGGGAGAAACCAAAUAGGACAGACACUCCUACUGCUCAAGGGUUGACAGUGCAUUCAUACCACUGUGAGCCUAGAUGCCCUGCAAGUAAAUACUUUGAUGCAAAAGAGGACGACUGCAAGCCCUGGACAAAGUGCGCUUCUGGUCUAGCUGAACGUUUUCCAGGGAACAAAACUCACAACGCAGUCUGUGACAAACCUGAAAUGCAAAGAGACUCUACUCAUGUGAUCCUGCUUAUCAUCAUUGCUUUGCUCUGCCUCACCGUUAUUGGGACUUUGUUUUGUAUCUGCUCAAGGAGAUUGUGGAACUGCACAGCAAGUAAGCAAGUCCAAAUGAAAAAUAUAUUAGGACGAUACACACCCAUGUGCACAUACACAAGUCCCCCUGAAAGUUGUAGAAAUAAGAAAAACUCAGUGAUUUUUCUCGUGAGAAAGAUCAUAAUAAAGUGGCAACAUUACAAAGAGGAAAAAACUUUACUCUCCAACCUUUACUCUGAAUACAAAAAUAUAUUUACAUUAAACAUUGAAAUCAAAGUGAUGAGAAAACUUGACAGCUGAUGACAUGAUGGGAGAAAAUUCAAAGUCACAGUAAAAAUGUGAAUCACUGAUUUUCUUUUACCUGCAUUUUUCUUAUCAUUCAAACUUUUAUUCAUAAGGGCUUGUAAAAGAAAACACAGAGGAUGGAUAAAAACAAUAUUGGAGGUAUUUAGAGGGAAAUAUUUAUGUUAAAUAAAUAAUUGUUUCAACAAGUUCUCUCUGCCUCAGAUAAUAAACCUAUCCAGACCAGUGACUCUCAUCUGUCGGAGGAGGAGAGUGGGCGCCACUUCAUCUCCCAGGAAAAAUCCCAGCACACCUAAAGUUCUCUUGAGGUGCAUUUGGAAAAAAUCUCUAUUGUAUAAUAUCAAGAUGACUUCAUCAUUUUGAUAGGCUAAGAACACUAAUAAUACAAUCAUAGAACUGUAAUAGUAAAACAGAUGUCUUGUGUUUGCAAACAUUUAAAUAUGUGUUUAAAGGGUUUCUGUAAAAGUUAGAAAAAGUUGAUCCCGAGUGGAAUAGAUUAAGGGCGAAAAGUGAAAUGAUAACCAUUUGUCUUUUCUGCAUUAAUACUCAUUAUGUGCUCUUGAUCAUAAUGCUUUAUCCUUGCUUGCUUCACUGUGGUGACUAAAUACCUCACACGAAUGGGCUUUACUGUGUAGUCAUGCAUGU